UAAUAUUAUAGCAAUAUUGCGGAGCGUCCGCAAGUGGCGACCGCAAGAACAAAGCCAGGGAAGGGCGCUUCAUGACGAAGUGAAAACCAAAAUGGAAAGUCGAUUUUUAGAUGUAAGUCAAAUCAGAAAGUUUUUUCAGUAGGAAAAGAAAAGGUCGAGAAGAUACUAUCCGGCGAUGCGGCUCUCGCGGUUGCGACUCGACGGUUGUGGUCGCAGAAGGCGAGACUUCAGUGAAUAGUGACGAGAGCUGGUGCGAGCUCAGAAGCACCUUGCCUUCGUAGCAGGUUCUUAGAACUCGGACUACGACUUAGCAGAAGGUUCUUAGUAGAAGUAGCCAAUCCCCACCUUGUGUUGCUGGCCCAGACGUGCUUCUUGCUCGCGUGCUUCUUCUGGGGCGAUAAAAUCCAUCGCCGAACGCGGCGCGCCGCCACCUCCAUUAGCGGGGUGAUUACGCUGCUCCUUCUCUUGUCCCACAAGCUUCAGCCGUCGAAGACGAAGUCGAGAAAAUGAAGGACGAGGCGAAGUGUUGCAUGUGCUGCUGGUUUGUGGUUUGUCUCACUUCCAUAAUCCUUUUCGCGUGCUCGUUUACGAUCCUAGACGUCAAUAAUUUGGGCCUCGAGUUCAACUCGAUAAAUCGCCAAUACAGCAAAGAAAAAAUUUAUGGCCCCGGCAGGUACUCAAACUCAUACGAGACGAUGUUUCAACAUUUUCUUCACCAGCUAUACAACAAGUGGGACGGACUAGAAUUAUAGAUAUUUAUAUAUUGCAAAAACUUCAUCAUCAUCUGCGCACGUCGUCAGCGUAGUCAAUGAGGGAGACGCUGACGAAUCAAAAUAUCAAACUGCGUCAUUGUCAUGCUAAAAACGUCUCAAGGUAUAUGCUGGGUUUGGCAAAGCGAUUGGAAAGUUUUCCGACAACGUGGACUCCACUGGCCUUUUGUUCCGGCUGUCCAGAUGGCGCUCCAAUUACAGGCAGAAUAGGAAUCGGCAGUAGUGCGGUGUCAGUGCAUGUUUCACUAUCGGUCUACUACAAGCUUCGUGUGGAAUACCUUCCUGAGGUACUCAUAUUGUUGACCCAUCAUGCACCAAGAAACAUAUAUAAUACUAUCGUUUGUUGAUCUAUUCAUAUGCUUGUACCCGAACAACCAUAGCAAUUACUGCUUGGUACAAAAGAAAUAGAGCUACAACGAACUACAACAAGAACUUUAGUUUCGACUUGAUUUUUUCUACGUCGGAGGGACAUUGAAGAUUUUUAACAUCGACAUCAAUGCAUCCAUGGCCUCUCAGAUAAUUUCGUUGUUUCCGACGAAAAAUUGGGAAGCGAGAUACAUCACAAUCAUAAAGAAUGCAGUCGCGGUUGUCAUUGGAAGUGGUGUCCUUUCGUAUGAGAGCAGAAUUUUCACUUAAGUGAUGACUCUCUAGAAUUUGAAGAAGUCUGCGGACCACUUCAGCUAGAGUAAGAGGGUUUCGAGGUGGUUGCCGUGGCAGCGGCGCCACCUAACAAUAGAGGGGAGGCUGGCGGACUUUGUUCCAACGGCUCUGCACCAUGCUCACCGCCUGAGCCUCUCCCAGAUAGCAAGCGCGAUGCCAGUGACCCGUAGCGAGCAGAGACAGCAAGAGCAUGAACAACCCCCAGCGGGCUCCACGGCACCCCUGGACAUUUUGGGGAGGCCGUUCCAUCUUUGCUACCUUGGCGAUGCCGACUGGUGUUGGGCUUGGGAGGUGGCUGCCUGGUGCUGACAUCUAGAAAGGUCUCCUAGAGUGAUAGGCUACCGGAAGGCCCGCCGAAAUCCGGCAGGCCGUCAAGGGCACCGUCAUCGCCAUUGUCAGCCCCCUUGUCAACGUGCGGCCGGGCUGUGGCGCUCUUCGGUGGGUUGUCCCUGUCAUCCAUGCGGCCAGCUAUGUCCGGCUGCCAGCGCCUCGCGCCUGUGUGUCUUACACGUACCACCAUCAAGACGCACGCACUGCGUCAGGCUUGCACAGGUUGCCCAGCAAGGGCACGCCUCAGCGCAUGCCAGCCCCAGGCGUGCGUGCGUCCGGCGCUGCUUGUCAGGCCAUGUGACUGCAGGAGGCAGCUUCGCUUUUUUGUGGGACUCGGGUCGCUUCAAAGUAGAAGCCCGAGGAAGGUCGGCUUUCGUGGCCGGGGGCCUUCGUCGGGUGGACCAAUCUACUUAGCAGCCGCAACGCCGCCGCCGAGGCCUGCUCUAUUGCGAGGUGGCGCUGCUGCCACGACAAGGACCUCGAACCGCCUUCACUUACUUUAGCUAAAGUGGUCCACAGACAUCUUUAAAUUCUAGAGAGUCAUCACUUACGUGAAAACUCUGCUCUCAUAUUUCGAUAGAUGAUUUCAUAACCAACAGGGAUUAUGUGAGCAAGGUUAUGGGAUGGGAGAUCAACCAACGGCUUGCUCCAAUCUAUGGGUACUCCUAUUCUAUGUGGUAGUUAGAGGAGCACGACCACGCUCUCGAGUAGCGUUGUAAGAAAAACGACGAAAAAAUUGAACAGUUGUGGGUCUCGUUAUGUUUUAUUUCUACUUGAUAUUUGUUGAAGGUGAUGAAAAUAGACAUAGACCUGAAGAUAUUGUGUUUCUUUAUCCUCUACUCAUUAGGAUUUGGUACUUCAAGCGACCACGGGCUAUAAGCCAGCCUGUUAAACAAGAUCACUGCUCGUGAUUACACCCCAAGCACAAGCAGGUAUGUGACUGCAGUGUAUCUUGGUGUCAUCGGCCUUGGUUCUACGGAAUUCAGUUCAAUCGAUAACGUUUUUCUGCAGAAGGAGAUCGCUAACCGACGAGCCGUUACCUCCAGUGUGGUGGGUCAAACCCAAGUGAUCGAAGCGCAGGCCGCACAAAACGUCUCCAAAAUCUAUGCAGAGGAACGGCAACUUUUAGAUGAUACCUACCGACAAACGAACUUCACUGUUGCAGAAUACAAUGCGCGUGGACAAGCGAUUCUUCUCGACGCGCAAGGAAAGGGCUAUCUUUACGUGCAGAGUCGCUUCAACUUCUCGCAAACAGACCUGAUCAAAUUCAUCUAUUUCGAUAAAAUGAGAGAUCACGUUCAGCGCAUUGUCGGAGGAUUCGAUGACGCGAAGUACAACUCUCUCGUUACGACCGUAUAGUAUGACGGUAUCCUCCCCAGCCCGAGCUUCACCAUGAAAGUACUUCCCCUGGAGCAGGACACACCCUCUUUUUUAUCUCGUGCAGAACACUCAAAGGAAUACCCCGGUUAUUAAAAAAUGACUCCUUAUGUAAGUAUCGUUUUCGUUGCUUUUCUUUUCCAAACAAGGCCAAGUGUUUUCCAUGACUUUGCGACAAGUCUGAGAAACAUCUGACCAUCGUUCUCUAUUUCACUCGGUCUCUCUUCAUCUUCAUGCAGCACGGUAAAAAAGUAUUUAGCCGUCGUUCCUUACCCGGCUGAUUAGCUAUAAGGUCACGCACUCGAAUAAGCUUUCUAAUCAGAAAUCGAGCUACGAAAGAGUAGAUAAAAAAAAACGCGGACAGCUCAGCAACAGGGACAUGUUGCGCUGUGUUGCGUCUGUGUUCGGCAGCCUAGAGUAAUCUAUGGCUAUACUAUCACGACGAUUUGUUCUCUUUUGGAGAAGCUACAACGAUCUGUGGUUCCUUGCCUCAUUCAAACAAUGAUCUUACCAUCUGAUCUCAAUGUCCGGUCAGCGUUCUUCUACCUGAUAUAGUAUCUUCGUCCUGAAGACUUAAAUGCACUGCUUUCACCAAAGCAAAUCGAAAUACUUGAAGACGAACACCAGCAUUUUUUUACUCAUUGCUCUGGUGGUCUUCAACGACCAACAAAGCGAUGUUGCACGAAUGACUGUCAAAUGAAUAUGAUUGCUGCGAUGAAUAGAUAUUGUUUUGUUUGUUCUCUCCUUCAUAGGCCAUUGUUCUCGACUGCCAGCGUGGUUGCAAAAAAGAAGCACAAGAAGAGACUGAAGCAAAGUAAAAUCGAUUAUCACGACUGAAUCUGAA